UGGCGGACGGGCGAGGCCAGCGCGGGCAGCAGGUACGCCAACGGCCACAGGCGGCUCAUGCGCAUGGGCCGGACGGCGCGGGACGAGGCGCUCGCGGGGCGCGCCGUCUGGCGCCGCGACAUGCACGACGUGGUGCUGCGGCACCGGCGGCGCCGCGCGGCCGACGAGAUCCUGGCCAUGGCGGCCGUGCGGUCGCGCACGCCCAUCGACAUCCUGCAGCGGUUCGACGGCGACGGCGAGUUCCGCGGCACGCCGGCGCGCGGGUGCGUGCUGGCCAUGGGGGACGAGGCCGCUGCGUUCAAGCCGCGCGGCGGCGAGGCCGCGGCGGGGGCUGCUGUCGACGAGGAGGGCGGCUUCGAGGAGAGGUUCGGGGCGGUGUUUGGCGGUGGCGGCGAGCAGGGAGGUGCCACGGCGGCCGCGCCUCGGCCUCAUAGGUUCGGCCCGUUCGCGCCGAUCAAGCUCGGGACGGCAAAGUACGGGUCGGUGCACCCGGUCUACGAUCUCACGAGGAUGCUCGGCGAGGAGGAGGUGCGCCGGCUGAGGGAGGAGGGCCCGGAGAUCCUGCGGGAGGGGUCCAUGUACCUGGUGCACGGGGACAAGAGGACCGCGGGCCUGCAGCUGAUGCUCUGGAGCCUGGAGGGCUAUCUCAUCGAGUCCAUGGGGCCACGGCCGGAGGUCGCGAAACCAGCGGCUGAGGCGGCCAGGGUGGUUGAGCGCUCUGCAAAGGCCGAGGAUACGGGCCUUGGAACCAAGGAUGAGGCGUCCAAGGGGCGCGCUACGGAGGAAUGA